GAUUAUCGUUACAUCCUGAUAUAAAGAGCACAAAAUGGUGAACGACUCUAACGGCAAUUUACCUCCGCCACAAGAAUUGGAAUCAUUUUUACCUCAAGAUGAUAAGAAUGAAAAAGUCCUAAGGACGUACAACUUGAGGAAGGAGAAAGAUGCAGAAUCAGGAGAUUAUGAUCCAUUCUCAGAAAGGAAUUUGGAAAAUCCGACUUCAAACAUGGAUACUUUGACUCAUUUGCUGAAGGCUUCUCUUGGUACUGGAAUUCUGGCCAUGCCUAAGGCUUUCAAGUGCGUGGGUAUAGUUUCUGGCGUUUUCUUCACCAUCCUGGUCGCAGUCGUUUGCACACACUGUGCUUACGUUCUUAUAAAAUGCGCACACGUGCUUUACAAGAAGACGCGAAAACCAGCUAUGAGCUUCCCGGAAGUUGCAGAAGCAGCUCUUGACAAUGGACCUAUCGGUCUCAGAAAAUGGUCGAAUACAUUUAGAGUUUUCAUCAUCAUAAGUCUGUUUAUGACUUACUUUGGCACCUGCUCUGUUUACACCGUCAUUAUUGCCAAAAAUAUUAUGCAGGUCGUUCUCCACUACAUGGAAGAUCAGAAAAACGUGCUUGGAAUACGAAUAUUUAUUAUUAUACUUCUCAUUCCUCUAAUAUUCAUGGUUUGGAUUAAAAAUCUCAAAUAUUUGGCUCCUGUUUCAAUGAUAGCCAAUCUGUUUAUGGGUCUUGGCCUCGGAAUAACUUUUUACUUCCUUGUCGGAACCGAUGGACUUGAUUUCAACAAAGUUGUUCCCAUUAAACCGCCUAAUGAAUGGCCAGAAUUCUUUUCAUUAACUAUAUUUGCCAUGGAAGCCAUCGGUGUAGUCAUGCCCCUAGAAAAUUCUAUGAAGACCCCGCGUUCAAUGCUUGGUUUUUGUGGAGUGUUGAAUAAGGGAAUGUCAGGAGUAACUCUUGUCUAUAUUCUGCUGGGUUUCCUUGGAUAUUUACGAUAUGGAGAUGCCGUCGAGGAUUCUAUUACUCUGAACUUAGAACCCCAGCUCGGAGAUCCGAAAGUAUAUGAAGUGCUUGCACAAAUUGUUAAAGUCGCCAUCGCCAUCGCUGUGUACUGCACGUUUGGUCUUCAAUUCUUCGUGUGUAUUGAGAUUAUGUGGAACAGUAUUAAGGAUAAGUUUACAAAGAGACCCGACCUUGCCGACUACGUAAUGCGCACUAUAAUGGUCACAGCUUGUGUGUUACUGGCUGUAGCUGUACCGACAAUUGGACCGUUCAUGGGUGUUAUCGGCGCUUUCUGUUUCUCAAUUCUCGGGUUAAUUGCCCCAGCAUUCAUUGAAAUUAUCACUUAUUGGAAUAUCGGUUUUGGACCUUACAAAUAUCUCAUUUGGAAAAAUGUAUUAGUUCUAAUUUUCGGGCUAUUUGCACUUGUUUUCGGUACCAAAGACGCUAUUAUAAGUAUAAUCAAGGUAUAUAGCGCGUAAUAAUGUAGCGCUUAAAAGUCGUAUGAUUUACUAUGUUUAAUUAAGUUUAGUUUAGCAAUUUAUUAAGUUAAUUUUAAAGUGAGACCAAUUUAGCGAUAACACGCUAUCUCAUCACGGUGUAUCAGCGCUGCUUUGAAAUGGUGCUUUUAUCUUUCUUUUUAUUAAUAAUAGAACAUUGGCCAGCGUUGAAACGUGUCUCUUAUAAUUAGAGCUUUCUAGCGUGUGUCGGCAUAAAUUUACAAAUGUGUGUUGUAUUUAAAAAUCGAUAGCAUUCCCAAAUUACGGUAUGAUAUAAAACAGUGUAUAUAGGAGAAUGGAAAAAGCUAUAGCUUUGUUAACACUAAAUAGUGAGUUAUGUUUGCCUUACAAUGUGCAAAUUAGAUCACGUUUGAUAAAAAUAAGAGAGUCAAUUACAAAAGAAAACUUUCGAUACAAUGACAAAAAUAUAUUUUGUUAAUAAUAAUUGUAUACAAAUAAAAAAAACUGUUUAAAUCUUUAUUUAAAUAAAAAAUAAAGAAAAUAUGAGUACAAAAGUCCAGUUAAAAACUUGUUACCUACCUUGUAAAAAUAUAAACGUUCUUAUACCUCUUAUUACCAUUGUACUUUUGUUUAUAGUUGGUAGCUUUAGUAAACAAUAUAAAUUCUCUUAAUAUAUUUUCAUUGCAUUUAAUUUUUUACUGUUUAACAAUAAAGUUUGGUGUUUUUAAUAUUUUAUGAAUAUUACAGUUGACAUGUGAUAUAGCAACAUAAAAUAUAUCAAAUGAGGCCUUGUAUCUUAUUCAAUACUACUUUGAAAUUACGAUUUUAUACAUUUUUGUAAAAACAUAAUAUUAAAGGAUACAACAUAACAAAGUCAUUAAAAUUGAGCUUUCAUGAUAAUCUUAAAAUAAAAGUUUACAAAAGAGGUUCGAAAAUUUUGGUGCCUUAUUGUCAAAGUAUUUUAAUUUAGUUUUAAUCGCGUAAACAUUUUAUAAUUAUACCAAGGUUUUGAAGCAUGUAUUAUAAACCUAAGUUAUUAUUUAUACUAUAACCGUUAAAGUUCCUAUAUGUAUAUGCUAUAUUCUAUCAUUAAUUUUGUUUUUAUAAUUAUUGGUAUAAGCUUUGAUUUUACUAUGCUAUUACAUUUUUUGUAUCAUAUAAAAAAUAUAUGUGUUUUUACAAUUACAGACUAGUUGACUUGUAA